AUGGCCAUGCAUACGAUGUUGAUUAACAAGCCACCAGAUGUGGGAAAGAAAACAUCCCGACAUCCACUUCAUCAAGAUUUGUAUUUCUUUCCAUUUCGACCAGCCGAUCGUAUUGUAUGCGCAUGGACGGCAAUGGAGCACACAUAUCGUGAAAAUGGAUGCCUUGCUGUCUUGCCUGGCACACAUAAAGGUACACUGGAACAACAUAUAUAUCCAAAGUGGGAGGGAGGCGUCAACAAAAUGUUUCGUGGUAUUGAGAAUUUUGAUUCUAAUCAAGAGAGACAAUAUUUAGAAAUGUGGGAAGGUGAUACAGUCUUGUUCCAUCCAUUACUUAUUCAUGGUAGUGGUACAAAUCGAACAUCAGGAUUUCGAAAGGAUCUCUGGAAACAUCGUAGUCGACUGGUCCAAGGCAAACGAAUCAAUCUUUAA